AGAUAAUUUAAAUUUCAGUGUUGAAGCUUAUCAAUGUUGUCCAUGUCUAUAUGUUCGGGUUUGUUUUGUCUCGUCAGCUGGGGCUUAACUAAGGGACUAACAAUGAAAUUGAAUGUUAAAAAAGUAUGAAUUGAUGGGAAACAAUUAGGUAAAGUCGUUCAGUACUACGAAACAAAUAACAAUAAAUUCAGUGUAAAUAAAGACUCGACAGUCAAACCAACCAAAAUCUAAAGCCAAAACGAAAUUAGUCAAUUAUAUUUAGUCAAAGGAUAUGAAAGCUUAGUGAAAUAAAGUGUAAAUGAUAACUAAUAUUGUUUGUUAAGUGUUAUUUGUGCCGUCGUGAGCUGUUGUACCUCGAUGUGUGUUUUAUGUGAUGUGCUUAAGAACUGCAUGGAGCUCCACGCGGAUAUUACUUAUAACUAACCGCUAACCACAAAUCGUCACGUUUGAGGGGAAUAUUAAAAAUCUAAAGAUGCCUAAAGGCGACGCCGACAUGUCGCUGAAGCAGGGCAGCGGCACCGGCAAAGUCCACUUCGGUGGUUUGGACGAUGUGUCCCUGUACGGCACGCCAGUGGAACCUGCCCCGCCGGCGACGGACGCCAAGCAAGGUUUCCUGCGGAACCAACUGCAGGCACUCUUCCAACCCACCGACAACAAACUAGCCAUGAAACUCUUCGGCUCGAAGAAGGCGCUGAUGAAGGAGAGGAUCAGGCAGAAAGCAGCCGGCCACUGGGUUAUACAUCCCUGCAGUAGUUUCAGAUUCUACUGGGACCUGUGUAUGUUACUACUGCUGGUGGCCAACCUGAUCAUCCUGCCGGUCGCCAUCUCAUUCUUCAACGACGACCUCAGCACUCGCUGGAUUGCCUUCAAUUGUCUCUCCGACACAAUAUUUCUUAUAGAUAUCGUUGUUAAUUUUAGAACAGGAAUAAUGCAGCAAGAUAAUGCAGAACAAGUGAUAUUAGAUCCCAAGUUAAUAGCGAAGCACUAUUUGAGGACAUGGUUCUUCCUUGACCUCAUCUCUAGUAUACCACUAGAUUAUAUAUUUUUGAUCUUCAACCAGGUAAACGACUUUAGUGAAAGCUUUCAAAUUCUUCACGCGGGUCGUGCACUAAGGAUACUUCGGUUAGCAAAGCUUCUGUCGUUGGUGCGGUUACUGCGGCUCUCCAGACUCGUCCGAUAUGUAUCGCAAUGGGAGGAAGUAUAUAUCUUGCAGAAUCUUCAAAAAAAGCGCACGGAACGGAGGGGACGUCUCAGCUCCGACGUUGCCAAAAAGAAGGGUGACACCAAAAGCAAUCUGAUCUUCAAGUUCCUCAACAUGGCGUCGGUUUUCAUGCGGAUAUUCAACCUCAUCUGCAUGAUGUUGUUGAUCGGGCACUGGUCUGGCUGUCUUCAGUUCCUCGUUCCUAUGCUGCAAGGAUUCCCACCAAACUCAUGGGUCGCAAUAAACGAACUACAGGAGGCUUUCUGGCUCGAGCAGUACUCGUGGGCGCUGUUCAAGGCCAUGUCCCACAUGUUGUGCAUCGGUUACGGCCGCUUCCCGCCGCAGUCGCUCACCGACAUGUGGCUCACCAUGCUCUCCAUGAUCUCCGGAGCCACCUGCUACGCCCUCUUCCUCGGUCACGCCACCAACCUCAUCCAGAGUCUUGACUCCUCACGGAGACAAUACCGUGAAAAGAGAUUAGACGUGAAACAAGUGGAGGAGUACAUGGCGUACCGUAAGCUGCCGCGCGAGAUGCGCCAGCGCAUCACGGAGUACUUCGAGCAUCGCUACCAGGGCAAGUUCUUCGACGAGGAGCUGAUCCUGGGCGAGCUGAGCGAGAAGCUGCGCGAAGACGUCAUCAACUACAACUGCCGCUCGCUCGUCGCCUCUGUACCAUUCUUUGCUAACGCUGACUCUAACUUCGUGUCAGACGUUGUGACCAAAUUACGUUACGAAGUCUUCCAACCUGGUGAUAUUAUCAUCAAGGAAGGAACCAUAGGGAGCAAAAUGUAUUUCAUCCAAGAAGGCAUCGUGGACAUCGUGAUGGCAAACGGGGAGGUAGCGACCAGUUUGUCGGACGGUUCCUACUUCGGUGAAAUCUGUCUCCUCACGAACGCUCGAAGAGUGGCUUCCGUCCGCGCCGAGACGUACUGCAACCUGUUCUCCCUGUCUGUGGACCACUUCAACGCCGUACUGGACCAAUACCCUCUGAUGCGGCGGACCAUGGAGAGCGUUGCCGCCGAACGACUCAACAAGAUAGGCAAGAACCCCAACCUGGUGGCGCACCGCGAGGACGACACCACGUCGGAGGGCAACACCAUCAACGCCGUGGUGAACGCGCUGGCGGCCGAGGCCGAGCACGUGUCGCUGUCGGACGACAGCGUGGCGCGGCUGUCGGAGCGCUCGCUGGGGCUGGCGCUGCAGCCGCUGCAGGCCGCGUCGUGCCGCAUGGCGGGCGUGGCGCUGCCGGGGCUGGGCGUGGCGGCCGCGCUGCCGCGCCCCAAGUCCGAGCACGACUUCAGCUCGGCGGGCUCGGCGCCGCCGCCGCUCAGCGCCGCCGCCGCCGCCUUCCACAAGUCGGACGCGGGCAUCGCGCCCUGACGCCGCACGCUCUGCUAGUGCGCGACAUAGCAAUACUAGGCUUAGUGCGAGCGUCGUGCGGCGCGCUCGCUAGUUGUAGCGUAGACACGAGUAUUAUAGCUGCGACUUCGCCGGGCGCCGCCCGUUGAAUCUCAUUUUGUGAUCUUAUACUUAAUUCUCCUGUGUUAUAAUUUAGGUUAAAUUUUAUAUCAUUGACGCUGUGAGGAAUCGACGAAUACGUGACGUAUUUCGAUUGUAUAGAUUAUACCUGUUAUAUAUUGAAGAAUGAUACUAUUGAAUCUUUAUAGAGAUACCUUGCCAUUAAAAGAGGAAAUAAUUAUAUAGACUAGACUGAAAUGUAAAGAUAUCACUAUUUUAUGCUUUGUUGGCGUAAGACAUAGACCUCUAUUGUUGAUGCGGAAUAUUCGAACGCGGAGUUAUCUAAGUACGAAGUGUAUAAACGUUCCUGAUUAUCACGAUUCAGAGAUUAUUAUAUUGGAAGCUCUUUACGUAGGUAUAUAUGUCGGAUCGUGGGAGCCGCACGCGCGGGCGCGGCCUCGCUCGCGUCCGCAGCCUCCCCCCCCCCGCCCCACGUCCCGCGCGGAUAGUGGGUGGGGGGGGGGCAGGCGGGGGCAGCACAAGCGACGCACAACUGAACUAGCCUCACGCGAGAUUCCAAUAGCACACAGUUGCUUUCUUCAUUUAAUUAUAAGUAGUAAUAUCUACCGAUAAUCGGCAUAAUUAGCGCAAACAAUUCUCUCAGUUUCCUAAGUAGAGGUGGAUCAGUAGCGCUUCGAAUUUUUUGAGAGUCGUUUCUGUAUGUAAAUAUUGUAAUAUCGAGGAUUUGCCUUAGCGCGGGCGUUCGUUCGAGCGGUGCAGUCAAUUAUUCCGUGCGCUCGCGUUGCGCGGCGGACGUCUCGGUUCUCGAUGCACUACUACACUUCAUACUUUUUAAUUGUAGGUGAAAUAAUUUAUUGUCGAUAGUGAUCAUUUCGUAGGAAUAAGUAGGCCGGAGUGUUAACAAAUUCGGACGAAUUACAUUAUGUGAUAGGGCAGUGGUCGGCUGCGGGCGCGCGGCAGCCGGCUCGGCGACACCCCGUAGGAGACCAGUAGAUAGCUCAGUUACUGUGCAUGACUCAUAACACUCUCUGUUCUCGAACUUGUCUAUCGUUUGAUUCUAUCAAUAGCCACUUUAGUUCCUCCUAUAUGGCAAUGAAAUGGCUUACCGCAAACGCUUAUAACUUUGAAUAACUAUAGUGUAAAUUAGGUAUAUAUUAUUAUGAGCGACAUAUCCUAGCGAGGCUCAGUCGGGUGUAGCUGGUGUCGCCGAGUCGCCGGCCGCCGGCGGCGAGCCGGUGCCGCUAACUUUGGCACGAAUCAUCGUUGACUAAUUCUUAUAGUGUCGUGACAAUUUGUAAAGACGGUUUUGCAAAUGUUGACUUUUUAGCCAAAAUAUAGUUAUUGAAUGACGAACGAAUACGCAGUAGCUUACUUGUAGAUGAACGCAGCCUAGUUCUCAGUUUUGGCGACUAACACCAAUAGAUACUUUGUACUCGUAAGAUAUUUAUACAAUAAAUUGGUCUUAGCAGAGUGACUAUCUGUCAAUUUAUCUACAAAGAGAAAAUAUUAUUGCGUUUCAUUCCCAGAAGCAUUUAUUUAUUGUUGUUUUAUCUACCUAACAUUACCGCUUUUGUAAAUUAUAUAAAUUUUAUAGAAGAGAUCUAUUUUUAUUGUGAAGUUGAUCUACUGGAUGUAAGUAAAUGAAACCUAUAUAAAAUUUAUUUCUUUUUAAUCUGAACUGUUAUUUGUUACAUAUUUUAAUAAUUUCUGGUAACUAUUGUCACCAAAAGUGCUCAUCGCUGUCAAGAAAAUUAGAGAAAAAAUGCAUUAAAGAAUGAAGAAAACCGC